AUGUCCUUCCACAACAGCUGCCAAAACAUCCACCUCAUCCACGAGCCCGGUGCUACUUUCCUGCACGCCGAGGUGCGUCGUGCGAAUGGAGAGUAUGUCGCUCGCAAGAUCCGUCUGGAUAGACAUAUUGGAAAUACCGAUGGCUGGUUCCUCUGGGGCGGCUCCAACUUCACCGAAACCGCCAAUGACAUUCAGCUCGAGCACACUGGCCGCGGUCCCAAGUUGACGGCGUACUUGAGGAAGCGGGAUGGUGGAUACAGAGAGUUGCAGGGAUUGUACCUGGCGGAUAAGAUUGCUAAUGAGAAUGGGGAGUUGGUGUUUAAGGUACGUCUACUUAUCUAUCACUACUAUCUAAUGUGUAGUUGGGGGAGGUUUAGGCUGACGUGGUGGGCUAUUAUAGGGACCUUAGAUACAUUGUUAGUAUCUAGCACCGAGAACGGGAGAUAUGAGGAGGUAACCAGUAGUAAAGGAUACGGAGUGAUUUUGUAUGAUUGGAGAUAUUGCAUAGCGAAUGAUGAAUUAUUCUAUUAUAUAAACUAA